AACAAACAGUUGAUUCGCGUAUUUGAGGAGUUCGUUUUAUUGUAUCUGGAUGACUAAAACCAUACCAACGCAGUGGUAAUAUUCCCCAAGACAAACCCCGAUAGGCAUGUUACAGUCGCUAUGUGAAGGUCCAUAUUCUCGUAAAACGGUUGUACCUUCAUACUUACUUCUCUUACGAAAAAAUGGAUCCUUUUCAUUCUCCAGAAAUCAACAAGCGAACUCGAAUUUUGAAAAUGUCAUAAUAAUGUGAAUAACAAUGCAAGACUUUUAAACUUGACAAAAUCAAAAACGAUUACUUUGCAAAACAUAUCGAAGCUAAACUGUCACAUACCGCUAUCUAUUGAAGCUAAACUGUCACAUACCGCUAUUUAUCGAAGCUAAACUGUCACAUACCGCUAUAUUAAACGAAUAGUUUUUGUUAAAGCUGUACAGAACGUGAGUGAGAGAAGAAAAAUGAAAAUGCCGUGCAUCAUUUGUUUUAUUACAUCAAACACCCGAAGUUGGUUUUCCAUAAACAAUUAAUGCACGUGAAUUCUCACACGCCACACUUAUAACAUUGAGAGUGUACAGCAUUUCCGCACAUUCAACCAAUAGCCUUAACAGUAAGUGUAGUAAAAUUUCCUCACACGAAACUCAUAAUAAAUAGUUUUAUACAAAAAGCAUGAGUAUAUAAUUGCUCUCAUAUAACUAAAUACAUUUUUCCAAAAGCCUGUAAUUACAAAUAAAUUAACAUACAAUGUACUACUGUUUAUACAGUGCCCUAUCUGGCCAGAUUUGUUAGUUAGUAAACAACGGUUGGUUGUACAGGAUUAAGAGUCCUAAGGAUUUGCCUGCAUGCAUGUUGUGUAUGCGUACAUGUGUGCAUUUGUGCCGGGGACAGGGUACAUGUUGGUGUAGUUGCCUACUUGUGAUAGCACGGAUCUGAUGCCGACUUUAUAGUGUUACCCAACUGAAGGCACACUGCACUGUAUUCCGCCAGAUCACAUUAUACUGAUAACGGGUGAACCAGUUGUUGCCAUUUCCUUAAAUGCUAUCAAUUAAUCAGGGAAUAGCAAAUACCAUUAUUUAGAACUGGGGAGAGAACCCAUUGCCUUACUCACCUGGGGAAACGUUCAACAUUAAAGCCAAAAGUGAGGUAUUGUCAAGCAAUACGCUAGAAAAUAAAAGGUAGAAAGAAAUAUAAGAUCCGAAACAUUGCAUUGGGUGCGGCAGACAUAUUUUGGUCGUUAUGGUGUCCCCAAGUAAAGGGCACGAAAGCAAAUCCCCAAUUCUGCAGGGGGUUCCAGCAUAAGUAUAAGUCGCCUCUUACAAUCAUGCAGCGGGUUACUGUAUGUGCAUUCUUUUCACGAUCUUCGACCGGCAUGCGUGCCCAACAACGGUUAAGUCGUCCAGGGCCCGAUAACAAUAAUCAGGGCCACUUACAAAGCCUUUAACACUAAAUUAAAUGAUUACAAAACUCGUUCAUGUACAGGGGUGAAGGUAAGGGAAUUUCCACCUAAGGGUUUUCAUAUUGGGUAAAACCCGAGCUACCGAGGGUUCUACAACACUUUGAAAAUCCCUGUGGUGGGAUUCCGUAUCCUACAUCACUUGGCAUUAAAACGUAAAUUUCUCUCAAUCCAAUCUCUAAAAUCAACUCGAAAUCCCCAAAACAACGUUGCAGUAUCAGCAUUGCAGCCAAGAAAUGUUCCGAUUUGUGUGUCUUCACUCAAAAAAGGUUACAAACUGCACUCCCAAGUCCACAGCAAAAUUGUCAUGUAAAAUUAUAUAUCCCCCCCCCCAUUUAAAUUUAAAAUUUAGUGAUGCAGGCAAUCUUUUCGUAGAUAUUCGAAAAUCUUUGACAAAUAAUUUGACCAAUGUUUUUAUAACAAACUCAUCUUUUCUCGAAUAUGUCUAAAAUCAGCACAUUCGAUCAAUGUGAGAGGCACAGUCAUAAUUAUGUUCGACACAUGAAUGGUAAAAUACGGAUCCUCUCGCCGAACCUAGUACCCAUUAGUACAAUGUGUUUGUCGUGUCCGAUGUCGUCCUUCCUCAAGUCUUAUGGGGAUGUUUGAGCCAGAACAAACCACGAUAGAGCCAUACAAACAUUGCAAAAUAUCGAUCAUUUAAGGCUCAAACUUAUGUAAAACUUUGAAUCAUAUUGGUAACGGAAGAACUACCAUCGUAAACACGCAUUUCAUUCAUUUUGUCCCUCAUUCAUGGUAAAUCCGUCAUUCUUUACAAACAGAUAAUUUGCAUGUCUUAAUUAUUCAUGAAAAUAAAUCCCUCGUCGCAAUACUGAAAUAGGGAGACGAUCGUACAAACAAAGCAUUAUGCACAAAUAAUCACAAUUAUACCAUUAAAUAUCUCUGUUAAAGGGCCAGUCUCAUUAGUCUAACGCAUUACCUCUGUAAAGGGAUCUGUCUUAGUAAUAGAAUAUGGCAACUUUGUUGAGAUGUCUGUCUGUAAUAAUCUAAUAGGGUAACUCUGUUGAGGUGUCUUCUUCAGUGAGCAUUGGCUUAGUAAACUGAAACGUGUUUCGCCUAAGAAAGUCAAUACGAUUUUGUAUCGAUUGCACAUAUUCUCUCAUGUUAUCUUUUGCAAGUUCGAGAGCUCGUUCAGCAUAUCUUAAGGCAUCCUGUGGAAGACUUUUCCUAAACAUGCGAUCGCAAUUUGCAAUGCUGAAAUACAUUUCGAGAAUAGGACAAAAGAUAGAAUUCGACUCUUCAUACCGUUUCAUAAUGUCAUCUGCCACUUUUGCGUCUUUCUUCUGAAGAGAUAUUUUGCGGCCCAUGCUUAGUCCGUUGCAACCACAUCGCAACAGUAACACCACUAGCUGGAACUUUACAUAUGCAGCACCGUAUGUUCUGUCGUGACCUUUGUCCUCAUUGAAAUGUUGUAGAGAUCGGUUGUAACUUCUCAAAGUUCGUUCUCGUAUUAUCUCUUCUGGCUGGCUUUCUCCUUCAUUUUUAUCGGUGAUUAAGUCAAGUUGUAACGCAUUACUUCUGCCCUCGUUGUAGUAAACCCAAGCUGCACCUCUUCCAGUGCAAUGUAAAGGGUUUGACUCAACAAUCAUUAUUCCUUCGUCGUUUAUGUCUUUAAAUUUACCAAACCUCCUCUGCAAGAUAUACCGGCGUGUUAGUGGAGAUAAUAAUAGUAGCUGUGAAUACAUAGGAUCUUUCGUUUUUGGCACAAGGCUCUUUGAGAGAGCAAGCAAGUUUUCUUCUGAAGUACAGUCUAAUUUUUGCUGUGCAAACAAAAUUUGCAUAUAUGCUACAGUAAACAAUGUAUCAGCACAAUCAUGCCUAUCUGCUUUUAGUUUUUCACAUUCUACUGCGAACUGAAUAUGCUGUCCAUUGUUGUACAUGUCAGCCAGCUUAUCGAAUGCUUUCUCCACAUAUUUGAUAUGUUUUCGUUCUGAUGAUAAUGGUUUGGGUACAACUGUCAUCGCGGCAAGUCGUUUGGUCUCUUUUCUCAUUCGUUUAUACUGCUUACUUGCUUGUGAUUUUCUCGGUCGUUUAUACGGCUCAUCUCCCCGUGUUUUUCGCCGUUUUCGUGGUGAUCCUGUCCUAUAUAUUUGAGUUCCUUUGAGUUGGUUUGAUAAUUCAGACAAUUCUGGUUUACUUGCGACAGCUUCUUUAAACAAAGAAAAUGCCUUUUCUCCCCGCGUUUUUAUGUAUUCCAGUAGUUGUCGCCUCCUGUCGUUCCGUGGUAUGUUUGUGUCAUCAUUAAGUGUACCAUGCUCAUCAAGUGUUAUUACUUCCUGUUCGUACAGAAAGUCAAUGAUCAGUCGAGGCUCAAGGCUUUUAAUCAAGUCUGAUUCCAUGGUGUCUUCAUUUUCUGAAGUGGAAAGCGGUGGUACGUACACUCCUGUUGAUGUUCAGCAUCACACCAGUAAUGGAGCGGGGGAAGCGCGUCUCCUUGUUUUGAUGCACAGCAUUCCACCAGCUAGGUGCAAGAUACCAGAGUAUGAAAACGACACUUACAUCGUCCAGAACGAAGGACAUCGUCAGCUUAUAGAUAUACACAUACCACCCCCUACUGAUACGAGUCUUAGAUACGAUCAAUGUCAUCUGUACUCUUAUAACUCGACCACUGUCAAGUUGGAUAAUUCUAGUCAGCCUAUCAUUGGCUACAAAAGUGCAUGUAGCGAGUGGGUCUAUAGCUAUGAUGUCUUCAGGGAAACAUUCACAUCGAAGCAUAAUCUUGUGUGUGACAACGGGUACCAAACGGCAUUGGCCAAAUCACUUUAUUUUGUUGGUGUGUUUGUCGGAGGUAUCAUUUUCGGCAAUUUGUCAGAUGCAUAUGGAAGAAAGACGAGUUUCUGCAUGGCCGUGAUAUCACUACUGAUUAGUACAGUUGCUUUGACAUUGUCUCCAUUUUACACAUUUUUCGCAGUGUGUAACAUCAUAGUAGGAGCGUCUACCGAGGGUAUAUACAUCACAGGAUAUGUGUUAGGACUAGAACUUGUGGGGCCUUCAAAGAGAGCAAUAGCCGGAACCUGUACCUGCUACUUCUUCGCUCUAGGUUUUGUAAUCGUUUCCAUGAUUGCGUACUUUGUUCGUCACUGGAGAUAUACCGGAAUUAUAUGUGCUGCUCCUGUAGCACUUAUCCUAUCCUACUGGUGGCUGCUUCAGGAAUCACCCCGAUGGCUGAUAUCCCGUGGACGAUACAGAGAGGCUGAAGUUAUCCUCAGAAAGAUUGCAAAAGUAAAUAAUUCAACCGUGGAUGAUACAUUUUUUGAGCAAUUAAACUAUGACAACAUCAUUCCCAUCCAGGCUAAGAAAAAGGAAUCAAUACUUUGGCACCUGUUUUCGUCACGCGUGCUGUUGAUGAGGACAUUAUUAAUUCUUUACAAUUGGUGUGCCCUUGGAAUGGUAUACUAUGGGUUAUCGCUCAACUCUGGAAAUCUCGGGGGAAACUUUUACCUGAAUUUCUGUGUAUCCGGUUUGAUGGAGUUUCCAGCUUACACUAUGACAGUAUUAUUACUGGACAGACUCGGGAGGAAAUGGCUUCACUGUCUGUGUAUGGUACUUGGAGGAGCGGCGUGCCUCUCUACCGUUUUUACUAUACUGUACCUGGAGGACAAGUACCAGUAUAUAACUAUAGUCCUAGCUAUGCUAGGAAAGCUUGGCAUUUCGGCAGCUUUCGCAGUUAUUUUCAUCUAUUCUGCCGAGUUGUUCCCAACAGUAGUAAGAAAUUCCGGACUAGGCGUUUGCUCAUGCGUCGCCCGAUUGGGUUCUAUGGCGGCGCCAUACAUAGUACAAUGGGGGAACGAUAUUGGUGGUAGGCUUGGAAAAGCAUUUCCAUUGGCGGUCUUCAGUGGACUGACCAUCGUAGCAGGUGUUCUUACUCUACAUUUACCAGAAACCCUAGGUCAGGAGCUACCGGAAACGAUAGCUGACGCCAAAUCGUUUGGGACAUCGUCGAUCAAAAGAAAAUCCAAAUCUGACGCCGGCCUGGAUUCUGGCCAAGCAACAAUAACUGAAGCUUUUGUAGAUAACGAAGAAAACCGUCACAUAUAAACACAUGACGGCUCCUGAGACAAAAACAUUAAGAAAAAAAGAAAAUUUACAGAACCAAAUUAUCUUCUCCAGUAUAGCAAUAUUUUGCUUGGGUGUUUCCUUUAUUCCGGUCGGCUUUCCGUACCGACUACGAGUUGGGAUUUUGUGCUGGUGUAUUGACGAUGUGCUGUGCUUUCUGUUUCACGUGUGACUUAAUACAGACUGUAAAUUUAGCAAAUUAGUAAAUAUCAAUGUUACUCGUUCAGUCAUAAAGCAAUCACAAUCACAGCAGAAAUGUUGUUUUGAUGCCUAUUUUCCAAUCUUGAAUUGAAUGAAAGUUUAUGAUUGCUAAUUUAGACUAGUUGCACCAUGUAUCCCAACAGACAAUGUCAUUUUGUUCAUAGUAGCAAGAUUCAGCUGUCAAAUUCUUAUCGUUGAUGUUCUUACAACCUCUCGCGAUUGUACAUAGGUCACACGUACAGAACACACGCCUAAUUUUCUAUUUACUGUUGCUGUCUUGUGAAAACUCUCCAUAACUUCCUUGAGACGUAUACAGCCCGAUAAUCUAAAGUAGUAUAAUGACCUAGAUUUUAACCUAGUGUAGCUCGAUUUCUGUGACAGCAUGGUAGAUAGACCUGGGACAAAAGGUAUUCUAGUAACCUUAGGUAGUCCAGAGACAAAAGGAAUUCUAGCUACCUUAGGUAGUCCGGAAACAAAAGGAAGUGUAUUUACCUUAGGUAGUCCAGAGACAAAAGGUAGUGUAGUUACCUUUGGUAGUCCAGAGACAAAAGGUAGUGUAGCUACCUUAGGUAGUCCGGAGACAAAAGGAAGUUUAUUUACCUUAGGUAGUCCAGAGACAAAAGGUAGUGUAGUUACCUUUGGUAGUCCGGAGUCAAAAGGUAGUGUAGUUACCUUUGGUAGUCCGGAGAUAAAAGGUAGUGUAGUUACCUUUGGUAGUCUAGAGACAAAAGGUAGUACAGUUACCUUUGGUAGUCCAGUGACAAAAGGUAGUGUAGUUAUCUUUGGUAGUCCAAAGACAAAAGGUAGUGCAGUUACCUUUGGUAGUCCAGAGUCAAAAGGUAGUGCAGUUACCUUUGGUAGUCCAGAGACAAAAGGUAGUGUAGUUACCUUUGGUAGUCUAGAGACAAAAGGUAAUACAGUUACCUUUGGUAGUCCAGUGACAAAAGGUAGUGUAGUUAUCUUUGGUAGUCCAAAGACAAAAGGUAGUGCAGUUACCUUUGGUAGUCCAGAGUCAAAAGGUAGUGCAGUUACCUUUGGUAGUCCAGAGACAAAAGGUAGUGUAGUUACCUUUGGUAGUCCAGAGACAAAAGGUGGUGCAGUUACCUUUGGUAGUCCAGAGUCAAAAGGUAGUGCAGUUACCCUUGGUAGUCCAGAGACAAAAUGUAGUGUAGUUACCUUUGGUAGUCCAGAGACAAAAGGUAGUGCAGUUACCUUUGGUAGUCCAGAGAAGAAAGGUAGUGUAGUUACCUUAGGCAGACCUGAGACAAAAGGAAGUGUAGUUACCUUUGGUAGUCCAGAGACAAAAGGUAGUGAAGUUACUUUUGGUACUCCAGAGACAAAAGGUAGUGAAGUUACCUUUGGUAGUCCAGAGACAAAAGGUAGUGUAGUUACUUUUGGUAGUCCGGAGACAAAAGGUAGUGUAGUUACCUUAGGUAGACCUGAGACAAAAGGUAGUGUAGUUACCUUAGGUAGUCCAGAAACAAAAGGUAGUGCAGUAACCUUAAGUAGUCCGGAGACAAAAGGUAGUGUAGUUACCUUUGGUAGUUCAGAGACAAAAGGUAGUGUAGUUACCUUAAGUAGUCCAGAGACAGAAGGUAGUCUAGUUACCUUAGGUAGUCCAGAGACAAAAGGUAGUGUAGUUACCUUAGGUAGUUCAGAGACAAAAGGUAGUCUAGUUACCUUUGGUAGUCCGGAGACCUAUGUUAGCUCGUGACGAAGGGCAGUCAGGUUAUCUAAUCUUGCUCAAUGGAUAACAUAAGCUAGGCUCCCUUAGGAAGUUGGCAACUGUCAGUUUUGGUGAUCUUUAGAAGCUCAAUUGUCAUUGUUACCUCUAGAACUUUUGGCUACAGUUGGUUUACCUCGCUAACUUAGGUAAAUUUAAUCUUACGGGAGACAAACGCCCUUUGUUUUAAUAGAGACGAAUCCUGUGAGCAUGCAGCUCUGCAUGUACAAUUAAUGCUGAUGUACUUGUCUAUCAUACGUAUGUGUGGUACUUAGAGGACGGCGAAGUGUUAAGUAAACGUGCAUCAGAAGUUCGUAUGGUCCAAAGAGAACGGUGAAGUGUUAGCUUAACGUGUAUCAGAUGUUUGUAUGUCACAAAGAGAUCGGAGAAGUGUUAGAUUAACGUGUAUCAGAUGUUUGUAUGUCAAAAAGAGAACGGUGCAGUGUUAGCUUAACGUGUAUCAGAUGUUUGUAUGUCACAAAGAGAUCGGAGAAGUGUUAGAUUAACGUGUAUCAGAUGUUUGUAUGGCACAAAGAGAUCAUUUAAGUGUUAGCUUAACGUGUAUCAGAUGUUUGUAUGUCAAAAAGAGAACGGUGCAGUGUUAGCUUAACGUGUAUCAGAUGUUUGUAUGGCACAAAGAGAUCGGUGAAGUGUUAAGUAAACGUGUAUCAGAUGUUUGUAUGGCACAAAGAGAUCAUUUAAGUGUUAGCUUAACGUGUAUCAGAUGUUUGUAUGUCAAAAAGAGAACGGUGAAGUGUUAGCUUAACGUGUAUCAGAUGUUUGUAUGUCACAAAGAGAUCGGUGAAGUGUUAGCUUAACGUGUAUCAGAUGCUUGUAUGUCACAAAGAGAUCGGUGAAGUGUUAAGUAAACGUGUAUCAGAUGUUUGUAUGGCACAAAGAGAUCAUUUAAGUGUUAGCUUAACGUGUAUCAGAUGUUUGUAUGUCACAAAGAGAUCGGAGAAGUGUUAGAUUAACGUGUAUCAGAUGUUUGUAUGGCACAAAGAGAUCGGUGAAGUGUUAAGUAAACGUGUAUCAGAUGUUUGUAUGGCACAAAGAGAUCGGUGAAGUGUUAGCUUAACGUGUAUCAGAUGCUUGUAUGUCACAAAGAGAUCGGUGAAGUGUUAAGUAAACGUGUAUCAGAUGUUUGUAUGGCACAAAGAGAUCGGUGAAGUGUUAGAAGAGUCUUUGACUCAAAGGGUUUAUCGACCUGAAAUAAAAUCUUUUAUUAUUCUUAUUAUUAUUAGAAAGAUAAUUGUGUAGUGUUAAUUGAACGUGUAUCAGUAGUUUGUUUGUUAGAAAGAGAAUAGUUUAGCGUUAAUUAAACGUGUAUCAGAAGUUUGUUUGUUAGAAAGAGAAUGGUUUAGUGUUAAUCAAACGUGUAUCAGUAGUUUGUUUGUUAGAAAGAGAAUGGUUUAGUGUUAAUUAAACGUGUAUCAGUAGUUAGUUUGUUAGAAAGAGAAUGGUUUAGUGUUAAUCAAACGUGUAUCAGAAGUUUGUAUGCUAGAACAUUGUGUGGUGUUAACUAUACACUUGAAACAGGACUGAUAAAAUCAAUUGUUCAAUCAUCCAUUUACAAAUCUUAAUUGAGUUUGUAUAUAUGUAAUGAAUUAAAACUCAUCGAAUUGCAA